GCGAGAGGGGACCGUUGUCCGCGGCCCCGCCCCCUCCCCAUCGGCAGUCGUGGGUUGCCAGCCGUUGCGCAGCGCCUCUCCGCUUCUUCGCCUCGCGCUGUCUGAGCGCGGCGCCUUCUUCGCGUCCCCAUGGCGACCGGGCGGCCUUUCGAGGUGGUGGUGUUCGGGGCGUCGGGCUUCACGGGGCAGUACGUGGUCCAGGAGGUGGCGCGGGUGGCCGGUGAGGAUGAGCUGCGAGGCUCGCUGCGCUGGGCCGUGGCCGGCAGGAACCGAGAGAAGCUGCAGGCGGCGGUGGAUAAGGCGGCCGAGAAGCUGGGAAAGACAGAGCUGAAGUCAGAAGUUGGCAUAAUACUGUGUGAUGUCAGUGAUCCAUCCUCUCUUGCUAAUAUGGCUAAACAAGCUGCUAUUGUUCUGAACUGUGUAGGCCCAUACAGGUUUUUUGGUGAGCCUGUGGUGAAAGCUUGUGUUGAGAAUGGUACAAGCUGUAUCGACAUCAGUGGAGAGCCUCAGUUCCUGGAAGGAAUGUAUCUGAAUUACAAUGACAAAGCUGCAGAAAAGGGAGUGUAUAUUAUUGGAAGCUGUGGCUUUGACUCUAUCCCAGCAGAUAUGGGAGUAUUGUACACCAGAAACUCUUUGAAAGGUACAUUAACUGCAGUUGAAAGUUUCCUGACUGUAAAAUCUGGACCAGAGGGUUCCUGCAUUCAUGAUGGGACCUGGAAAUCAGCUAUACAUGGCUUUGCAGAUCAAGGCAGUCUGAAAAAAAUUCGAAGGCAAAUAGGACACAAACCCCUUCCAGUGACUGGAAGAAAGCUUAAGAGAAGAGGUGCACUGUUUUACAGUAACGAACUUAAACAAUAUUCCAUUCCGUUCAUGGGAUCAGAUGUCUCUGUAGUAAAACGAACUCAGCACUAUUUGCACACAGACCUGAAAGAAACACCUGUGCAGUAUGCUGCUUACGCGACUGUGGGUGGUCUUGGAACUGUUAUUAAGCUAAUGUUUGCUGGCCUUUUAUUUUUAAUGCUUGUGAAAUUCAACUUUGGAAGAAAGCUCCUGCUAAAAUAUCCCGCAUUUUUUUCUGGGGGACAUUUCACAAAGGAAGGACCAACAGAAAAACAGAUGGAAGAGUCAUCCUUUGAAAUGACUUUUUUUGGUGAGGGAUACAGAACACAAGAUGAUUUACAGCUGGGCAAACCAAAUGUUAAAAUCUGCACCCAAGUAAAGGGACCAGAGGCUGGCUACGUUGCUACACCCAUUGCAAUGGUUCAGGCAGCUGUGGCACUUCUGAAGGACAAGCCUUCUCUUCCUAAAAAGGGUGGUGUCUAUUCUCCUGGGGCUGCAUUCUCCAAUACAAAACUUAUUGACAGGCUCAAGCAGCAUGGAAUUGAGUUUUCUGUUAUUAGCCAGCCUGAAGUCUGAAACAAGAAAAAACAUCCUGAAGGCUGCAUGACCAACAAAUCUUUGAAUGGUACUUGUAUACCAAAAAGAUCAGCUACAAAUGGUUGCUAAAUUUAAUAAAAUACUGACAUAAUCUUAUGUAAUGUGAAAACAUGCUUCAUAUUGUUGCUCAAAAUGGAAGUAAGACUGAACUUUUAUUACUGGAAAUGCGCACUGUAGCACAGCAAUAGUUAAAUGAAAAGAAAACUAUAUUAAUAGUGCUAAAUAAUAGUGCUUUUUAGAAUCAAGGGCUUGACUGAACUAGCUGUGGUAACUAAAAAAAUCAGUAACAAAUUACAACAGUAUUUUUAUUCAGAAUUGUGAAAGUUGACUUUACUAUAAAAUCUGUGCCUUAACCAAUUAAUUCCCUAUGAAGAUCAGUAAUGAGAAAGCAAACUGAAAAAGCAAAAGGGUGUCUUCAGUAAGUUUGAGUAAGUUGUGUGGGCAUUCCUUCAGACAGGUUUCCCUAGCCUGCUAUACCUUGUCACAAUUAAUACUGUAAUCUACACUCAUAUAGACUGGGAUCAAGUCCCCUUGACAAAUGCAAUUUCUGAUUAAACAUAGUUCUCGUCACUAAUGGAACCAAUUCAUUAUGCUUAAGUUAGGUCUCAUGGUACUUAGCUAGACUCUGCCUGCAAUGUUUUUUCAAUAUGAGCUUGGUGGAGGGGAGCGUAGUAAUAUUCUUGCUUAAAUUGGUAGCUUCAUUGCAUACCUGAUCAGUUAACAUUCCUUUCCUGUGUACUGAGACAUCCUCAAGGCAGGGGAAAUAUGUCAUUGUGAAAGGAAGAAAGAUUUCUAGCACUUAUUAAUUCCCUUUGUUCUCAUUUUUCAGUGUAAUAAAAGAGGGUUACAAAUUU